AUGGGUUCGGCAACCUCAAAGGAGAUGGCGGCGGCGGUGCUGAUACCGUUGCCGUUUGCCGUCAUCAGCAUGCUCCUCCGUUUCUGGAUCAGAGCACGCAAGAACACCUGGGGACCAGAUGACUGGGCAAUGGUCGCUACUGUGCCUGUGUGGCUGGUUACCACAAUUUCGACGAUAGCCAUGGCCUGGAGCGGAAUCGGACAGCAAGACGACACCCUGACGCCGGAGCAGAUGGUGAAUUCUCUUCGGUGGUUCUACAUCUUCCAGGAAUGCUGGUGUUUUGUGCUAGUCACUUUGAAAUGGUCCAUCGGCUUUACUCUUCUCAGAAUCGCCGGCGGUAAGCGUUGGGUGACGUGGCUCAUCUACUCAUGCCUGGUGCUGGUCACCAUCUGCACCGGCGGCACUGGCAUGUUUCUCUUUUUCGGAUGUUACCCUGUCGAAAAAAACUGGCACACGGACCUUCCAGGAACAUGCCAUCCCCGGGAGAUCCAGACGGCGCUCUCCUUCCUCGUCGCGGCUGUUUCCAUCUUGACCGACUGGGUCUUUGCCAUCUUGCCGGCCGUGUUGAUCUGGAAGCUCCAGAUGCCGAGCCGCGUCAAGAUGUCUGUUAUUGGCCUUCUCGGGCUUGGUUUCUUUGCGUCCAUCGCCCCCAUCGUGCGGCUACGAUACCUCCUCCUCAUGAACGACGCGACGCGCCUCAUCCAGAACCUGGGAAUAAUCCUCGCCUGGGCCAUCGCCGAGGUGGGCAUCGGGCUGCUGGUGGCCAACCUGCCGGCCUGCCGACCGCUGCUGGAGCGCGCCCUGUCCCGCCUCACCUCCUUCACCGGCUCCAAGGGCAAGACGCUGGGCCACACGGGCGGCGACCCCGAGACCGCCAACAAGGCCAGCUACCUCGAGCUCGGGGAGCAGUCGGGUGCGCACGGCGGCAGGAGGGGAAACAGCCGGACGGUCGGCACCGAGACGGGCACCUCAAACUAUGGCGUCGAGACGCGCAUCUACGGCAGGGAUGACCUCGGCGGCGAGAGCGUCGACAGCUGGGCGGCGGACCAGGAGAGCAUGAGACGCAUCGUGGCCAAGGACAGCUCCGGGGCGAUUCGCGUCCAGACCAAGUUUGGCGUCGAGGUUGAGAACGACCACAGGGGUGGGUUCUGA